AUGUCUCCCCACGUCAAGGCCCUUGACUUCUUCAAAGACGGGCUAGAUAGGUUCCGUUCAUCCCAGGAUCAGCUGCAGAUAUUGUGUGAAGCUCCGCGCCACGAUGCAGGCUCGCCGCUACCACAAGAUGUACCCCGCGCCACAACCAGCAGCAACGGCGAUGUCGACACGGCAAACAGGAGCAAACCGCGUCUGCCGAGGCGCGUCGUCGUCCUGGACGCCUCCUUCAACCCGCCGACCAGGGCGCACAUGCAGAUGGCCACGAGCGCGAUCCGCAGCACCGAAGACAUGCGGCACACCAGGCUGGUGCUGCUCCUGGCCGUCAACAAUGCAGACAAGGCCCCGAAGCCGGCCUCGUUCGAGCAGCGGCUAGCUAUGAUGAACGCCCUAGCCCAGGACGUUUACGAGGAGCUCGCUGGCGACGACGAUGCGGGCGCGGAUGACGCUUCUGACGGCGGCGGCGAUCAUGACGGCCAUAGGUUCGGCAUCGACCUGGCCUUGACAACGCUCCCGUACUUUCACGACAAGAGCGCGGCCCUUGCGGCGGUCGAGGAGACAGCGUUCGAGCCGCCCCGGGCGGGGAGGCACCCCGUGGAGCAGGUUUUUCUCAUCGGUUACGACACCCUGAUCAGGCUGUUCAACCCCAAGUACUACUCCCGGACUGCGGAAAACGGAGAGGCUGUGAAUGGGAUCCGAGAGGCGCUGUCGCCGUUGUUCGGGCGCGCGAGGAUGCGCCUGACGCUCCGUGCGGACGCCGACUGGGGCGGCAGGGAGGAUCAGCUGGCGUACCUCGAGAAAGUCACGCACGGGGACGCUCUCGAGCAGGCCGGCGGGCUGAAGGAGUGGGCGAGUCGCAUCGAAGUUGCCGAGGCUGGGGACGCACAGGGUCUCGUCAGCAGCACAUCUGCGAGAGAAGCUGCCUCUAAAGGGGACUGGGCCCGGCUCAGGGAGUUGGUUCCCCCGAGGGUGGCUGCUUGGGUAAAAGACGAGAGACUCUACCAAGAGUCUGAAUAG